CGGCCCGGAGCCCCCUCGGGAGCCCAAGGUCUCCUUCUCCUGCGGCGGCAGCGGCGCGUCCCCCGGCGGGGCCAAGGCGGCCGAGGAGGGCGAGGAUGCGGGCGAGGAGGCCCGCGGCAGCCAGGCCAGCUUCAUGCAGCGGCAGUUCGGGGCGAUGCUCCAGCCCGGCGUCAACAAGUUCUCGCUGCGGAUGUUCGGCUCCCAGAAGGCGGUGGAGCGGGAGCAGGAGCGCGUCAAGUCGGCGGGGGCCUGGAUCAUCCACCCCUACAGCGACUUCAGGUUUUACUGGGACUUCACAAUGCUGCUCUUCAUGGUGGGCAACCUGAUCAUCAUUCCUGUGGGCAUCACCUUCUUCAAGGAGGAGACCACAGCUCCCUGGAUCGUGUUCAAUGUGGUCUCUGACACCUUCUUCCUGAUGGACCUGGUGCUGAACUUCCGGACAGGGAUUGUCAUUGAGGACAACACAGAAAUCAUCCUGGACCCUGAGAGGAUCAAGAAGAAGUACCUCAAGACCUGGUUUGUGGUGGACUUUGUCUCCUCCAUCCCUGUGGACUACGUCUUCCUCAUUGUGGAGAAGGGCAUAGACUCAGAGGUGUACAAGACCGCCCGUGCCCUCCGCAUCGUCCGCUUCACCAAGAUCCUGAGCCUCCUGCGGCUCCUCCGCCUCUCCCGGCUCAUCCGCUACAUCCACCAGUGGGAGGAGAUUUUCCACAUGACCUAUGACCUGGCCAGUGCGGUGAUGAGGAUCAUCAACCUCAUUGGGAUGAUGCUGCUGUUGUGCCACUGGGAUGGCUGCCUCCAGUUCCUCGUGCCCAUGCUGCAGGACUUCCCCCAGAACUGCUGGGUCUCCAUCAAUGGGAUGGUGAACGACUCCUGGAGCGAGCUCUACUCCUUUGCCCUCUUCAAGUCAAUGAGCCACAUGCUCUGCAUUGGCUACGGGAAGCAGGCACCCGAGAGCAUGACAGACAUCUGGCUGACCAUGCUGAGCAUGAUCGUGGGGGCCACCUGCUACGCCAUGUUCAUCGGCCACGCCACCGCCCUCAUCCAGUCCCUGGACUCCUCCCGGCGCCAGUACCAGGAGAAGUACAAGCAGGUGGAGCAGUACAUGUCCUUCCACAAGCUGCCUGCUGACUUCCGCCAGAAGAUCCACGACUACUACGAGCACCGCUACCAGGGCAAGAUGUUUGAUGAGGACAGCAUCCUGGGGGAGCUCAAUGAGCCCCUGCGUGAGGAAAUUGUGAACUUCAACUGCCGCAAGCUGGUGGCCUCGAUGCCUCUGUUUGCCAACGCGGACCCCAACUUCGUCACAGCGAUGCUCACCAAGCUGAAGUUUGAGGUGUUUCAGCCAGGCGACUACAUCAUCCGUGAAGGCACCAUCGGCAAGAAGAUGUACUUCAUCCAGCACGGGGUGGUCAGCAUCCUUACCAAGGGCAACAAGGAGAUGAAACUCUCUGAUGGCUCCUACUUUGGGGAAAUCUGCCUGCUGACCCGGGGCCGGCGCACGGCCAGCGUCAGGGCUGACACCUACUGCCGCCUCUACUCGCUCUCAGUGGACAACUUCAACGAGGUGCUGGAGGAGUACCCCAUGAUGAGAAGGGCCUUCGAGACUGUGGCCAUUGACCGCCUCGACCGCAUCGGCAAGAAGAACUCAAUCCUGCUCCACAAAGUGCAGCAUGACCUCAACUCGGGCGUCUUCAACAACCAGGAGAACGAGAUCAUCCAGGAGAUCGUCAAGUACGACCGGGAGAUGGUGCAGCAGGCAGAGCUGCAGCAGCACACGGCCAUGUACAGCCCCGUCCAGCCCCAGGUCACCUCUGCCAUCGCCACCCUCCAGCAAGCCGUCGCCAUGAGCUUCUGCCCUCAAAUGGCCAGCCCUCUGGUGGGCUCCAUGGCCCUGGGCUCGCCCCGCAUGAUGCGCCGCUUGCAGUACGCCCAGGCCGUGCCCAGCCCCUUCGCCGUCUCCCCUGUCUUGCUGCAGCAGAGCCCCCCGCAGCAGCCGCAGCCCCCCGUGCCCCACGCCAACCCCUCGCCCUCGCAGGACCAGGCGCAGCCCACGGCCCUGCCUGCCUCCACCAGCGCCUUCACCGCCGCCAGCCCCCCGACCCAAAGCCCCCUGGCCAGCCGGACGUUCGCCUACGGGGGCUCCGCGGGGCUGGGGUCCCAGCUGUCCCUGGGGCAGCAGCAGGCUCCCCCGUCCCCCCAGCGCCUGGCUGCCCACAAGAGCACGCAGGCUCUGCACACCACCAGCCUCAGCCAGGAUUCGCGGCCGCUCUCGGCCUCGCAGCCCUCCCUGCCCCACGGGAUGGCCGCCGGCAGCACCCAGAGCCCCCCGGCCUCGGCCCGUGAGUCCUGCGCCUCCAUCGGGGGGGGUCCGGCCGCCGCCUCGCCGGGCCCAGGCCCCCCGGCCGGGCUGCGGGCCCAGGUGCCCUCACGGGGGGUCCCGGCACCGUCGGGCGCGGUGCACGGGGGUUCUCCCGCGCUGCCACAGGACUCGGCGGCCGCACGCAAGGAUUCGGCAGCCAGCACGCCCGACACGGACCCGGCCAAGUCCAGGCUGUCUUCCAACUUGUGACCUCUGCGCCGGGUGCAGGGAUGAGCGUGCUGGAGGGGGGCAGUGGCCACCACCUAAACCCCCGCCCCCCCGGUGCCUCCCCGUGCCACAGCGCCUGCCCCGCUCCCCGGCUUUGUCCCCCCGAGCCGGGCAGAUGCCGGGGUGGGCAAAGGGCCCCUGUGCCCCUCACCACCGCGGGGGCCGGGCUCAGCCCUCGGCUGCCAAGCCUCUGACCAAAGUCUGGCCCCAUCUCCUGCUCCCCACGGCAAAGUCCCACUGCCCCCACGCCCCCCGGCUGCCCCAUAGAAGCCAUGGCUGCAUCACCCCCGUGACCCACUCUGUGUAUGAUAUUUAUGCUCUGAGUACCUCCCCGUGUGUGUGUGCGUGUGUGUGCAUCCGCAGGACACCCCCGGGGGCUUGAGGCGCGCUGCAUGCCCCAGCACCCACCAGUGUCUCUGCCUCCCCUCCCACUGCCCCACGGCGAGGGGUGAUGGCCCAGGACAGAGGUAAGUUGGGGCAGGGGGUCUGCCAGAGGGUUGCCCUGCGCUUGUGAGCCCCCCUACAUGUUUUCCAACCCCCCCCAAGGAGUGGGGGUGACCCAACCCCGUGUCCCCGCAGUCAGUGCUAGGACAGAGGCAGCCACUGGAGCCGAGCCCUGGGGUGCCCCAGGGGGUCCGGGCUGGGGAGGACAGAACGUGUGUGCGUGUGCCUCCACGGGUGGGUGUGUGCCCCCACGGGUGGGUGUGUGCGUGUGUGCCUCUGCCUGGGGCCCCCCCCAGUGAAUGCACACAGUGAGCCAGGGGCCCCGUGCCGAGCCAUCACCUUUCCAUCCAGCCCAUCCUGUGCAAUAAACGUCAGCAA